AUGUCCAACAACGGCGACCCCACAGUCAUCUGCGACUCCUCCGUCACGGACAACCGGAGCCUGGAUGCGUCAGAUGUAGCCUUGGCCUUUCUCGAGAAAACCCGGCGAGAACGUGGAGGAAUAGCUCAUGCACUACAAGCGGGUGAGCAAUUGGAACAGCUGCAAUCCCACGGCUCAGCAAGAUGCUUCGGAGAUUCGACCACGAAAAGAAAGCGGCCAGAGCAGACAUUGCUUCAGCGUCCUCAAAUGCUAGAUAAGACCUCUACUACGUACAUAGAGGUGAUCCUCAAGUUGUGCAAGUCGGUGAAUCAUCAAAUGUCCGAAGAGGACAAAGUUGGGCACCUUCUGAGAGGCGUUGCCGAGGAUGUGUACAACUACUUCAUCGGCAAGGACAGUCUCGCUUUGGUCGCUGACGUCAUCAAGCACUGCCGCACAUUAAAAACAUCUUUCGCCGAAGUGGUGCAGCGGGGGGCGACACCACAACGGCCUUUGGCGGUUGCCCGGACCACGCGCAGCGUGCCGAGGCCAGCGCCACCCGCCCCCACGGCGGGAACAGCCAAGGCUGCCCUGCCAUCUCCGAUCCUGACCACACCAGUGGCGUCGACGAGCUGCAGCAGCAGCCAAGGCACCACAGAGGCCAACGAGGUCCCAUCGACGUCCGGCCAGGUGGGGUCCAAGACUUCGUUGCUCGAUACGAAGUCUACGCAGCGUAGACAUCGCUCUCUGGAGCGAUUGUCCAGAGCCUCUCAAGAGGCCAUGGACACCACUCCAAGUCAGACGGCGCAGGCAGCGCCGAAGGGGCGGAGGGACUCUCUCGACCGCUCCACAAAACACAAGACGCCAAUUACGGGGCCUGAAAAAGGCCCCGUAAAGAGCUAUAAUUCUAAGGCAUUAGCCGCGAUAAGUUCUGUCUUUGUAAGACGAAACGACGUAUGCCCUGAAAAAGUCAAGAGAGAGGCGCGUAGGUUGUGUAGGAGUCUUGAUCUAGAAACAGUUUGUUGCGAUCUGGACAAGACCAAGGGUCUGUGUUUGCGGAUGUUUUUUUCUGCAAAGACACAUAAAGAGGAUUGCCCGUUCCGUGUAAUUAUUUCAGAGAAGGGCUGUUGGCAGGAAACAGUUGCCCGGUUUCUACAGGCAAAACUCAAUGUUUUAACCGUUGACGACCCUUUCAUGAUUAGCAGCUCUGACAAUGUGAUUGAUUUUUUAAAACAGAACACUCAUGCAAACUUUUCUGUCUUCUCUCUGGACAUUAAAGAUCUGUUUUAUUCUUUACCUCAUAAGGAACUUUUUCUGUGCGUGGAAGACGCUAUUGACAACCACGGCACUGUGAGCUUCCAGAACGAACUCGGUCUAUCCACUAGCCAGUUUUUAGAGCUUUUAAAGUUUUAUUUGUCUUCCACGUUCGCCGAUUACGGUGGCCAAACGUUUUUGCAGAGAGAAGGCGUUUGUAUUGGUUCCUGUCUCGCCCCCUUUUUAAGCGACCUCUAUCUCGCGCACUACGACAGGGUUCUGGGGACUCGCUUGGAAGCAACGAUGGUUGCUAAGGUUUUUCGAUACGUCGAUGUGGUGUUCGUACAGUGUGACAGUGAAUCCGUAGCGCUUGCUACAUCGACCAUUUGCUCGGUUUUCCGCGAAUGCCUGGAACCUUUUGUAAUAACUUGUGAAGAGCCAGUCAAUGGACGCAUUAGAUUCUUAGACCUCACCCUUCAUAUUUUAGACAGUCACACGUGUUGGUGCUACGAGCCCCGAGGAAAGAAUUCCCUCCUACCGUACGCAUCUGCGCAUUCGAAAUUAGUCAAACGGGGCAUCAUCAAUCUGUGUUUUAGAAAUGCUCUCCUAAAAACGUGUGGACAUCGCACGCAGGAAAGUUUUGACAACCAAGUUUCGCGCCUCUGCGCAGCUGGCUACCCUAUGCAGGUGCUUACGGCGGUGGCUGGCAGCAUGUUAAAGAAAUGCAAUACUGGAAAUCGUGAGGUCACUUCGCAGACCCCCAGAAAAAAAGUCGUUGUGGUGCCUAAUAUGCAUAACCUGAGCCACAAUCUAAAAAAGAUUGGCAAAAGAGUUGGUGUGGAUGUUGUUUUUUCCGCCCCAUUAAAACUUUCUGGAGAACACAAGCAACAGUACAUCCACUCAAGCAGACCGUCGUUCCCGAAGGAAGUCACCAACAUUGUUAGAGUCCAGUGA